AUGGGGGGAAACAUCUCGCGUGAGCGGCGAUCUCAACGUCGUAAUCAAGGCGGUGCGCUGGCACCUCCAGUGAACAUGCCCCCACACCUAGCAAAUCAGUACAGCCAACGGCACCAACACCAAGGCGCUGGUAACAAUAUGCCUGCCGCGCCAAAUCAUGAUCCUUCAAAUCCAGCAGAAACGUCCCCGCGGCAAAAUUCACCGCAUCAGCAACUUCACGCCGGAGACAACAAUAACAAUAACAACACCAUGACGAAUGACAAUCAACGGGGCGUCCAGGAGGGGCAAAUUGUAAAGAUGUUGGCCACUAUUGAUGCCUCCUCGGUGAUUUACGAUCCAAAUAUGCAGCGUUUGAGGUUUUGUGUCACAAGCGUGUGCCCGUUUUUGUCAUACGAGAUUCAUACUGGUGUGAAGGAGUUUAUCAAAGGGGGAGAGGUCUACUACAUGCCAAACAAGCCCAAAAUGGAGCCACCCCGUUAUACGCUUGAAGGACCGCAAGAGAACAAGGAAAUCAAUCUGCACGUUGAUGUAUGUAAAUUGGAAGAAAAGGAGCGUGUUUACAAUAAGCAUUACCCUAAACAGCAACCUUGUGUCAUCGUUUUACGGUACCGUAUAAAGGAAUUACGAAAGCCAGGGGGUAGCAGCGAAAAUAUUCCUCCAGUGGAGGAAAUUGUGGAGCACACGGAACACACCGCGGUGGACCUUGCUGAAAAUCCAAAACGGCGGGUAAUCAGUCAGAUUAUUACGGCUGGAGGUUCCGCGUAUGUGGUAGAAGACCUGUUUGGAGUGGAUGGAGAUGGCUCAGGCGCUGCUGGUGGACAUCCGGAGGUGAUGCUUGGAACCACCAUUGUGCCUCACGAAGGGGAAGAGGACGAGGAUGGAUUAUGUGUUAUCUGCCUCACUAUGGCAAAGGAUACGGCCGUCAUGCCGUGCCGUCACAUGUGUCUCUGCAAGGGCUGCGCCGAAGAGCUGAUGAGGCAUACACCAAAGUGCCCCGUAUGCCGAGGCUCCGUCUCGACACUUCUGCAUAUGCCGGCGAUAACGGUGAAUUCUCCAUGCACAUGA